AUGGAUUCAAUCAAGGCAAAGAAGCUUCAAGCCAUGAAGAACUACAAGAAUAGUCUGUUUCUCACCAAUCUCAUUCUUCACCUUGUCACAUCUUUACUUUGUACUCUAUUUUUUUGUUGCUUUUGGUUUCCACAUCUAUUUUAUUCCUUGAAGCACUUUAUUUUUGUUUCUCUCCCAAAUUUGAAGUCUUUCCUCUUCAGCCCCAAGUGCUUGUUCAUUGUGGGCAAUGCCAUCAUUGUCUACCUAGUCAGGGAAUCAAAGCUCACGAGCUCAUUUUCUUCUCCGGCUAGUGAUGUUUAUGAUAAGUAUGUUGAAAGUAGUCGAAGUAUUCAUGAAUCCUCCACUCAUACGGAGAAGACAGAAGAAGGGAAAUUGGAAAUGAAUAUUAUUGACAAGUGUGUGAACAAAAUUGAAAAAAAAUAUGUCGUUCAGAAAGAAAAAGGAGAAGAAAAAGUAAGAGAGGAUGAUGGUGGUCGUGAUCAUGAUCAUGACAAUAAGGUGAAAGAGGAGAGAGGUGAAGAAGAGGAGCCCGGUUUGCCAACCGAGGAGUUGAACAAAAGAGUUGAAAGUUUUAUUGCAAGGGUUAACAGACAAAGGUGGCUUGAAGCUAGGCUAGUCGACUGUGAGAGGGGAUGA